CUUGAAGUAACAUAACCUUUUUUGUUUGACUGUUCGACGCACGUGUGAGAAAUGGCUAAAUCUCUACGCAGUAAAUGGAAAAGAAAAUGCAGAGCAAUCAAGAGAGAACGUUACGCAGUAAAAGAGUUAGAUAGAUUAAAGAAGACUCUUGGUAUUGAUAAUAACGCAUCUAAAGAUGUCGAAAUGGCAGAUAUUACUGAAAUUGCUACAGUUGUCGACGCUAAAAAAGUAAAAGAAGAUGUGAAGGCUAAACAAGUUGAGGACGCAGAGUCUACAACCAUAACAGGUGAAGAACGCAUGGAAGUAGAAGGUGCUAGAAAAUAUAAUAAGAAAACAUUGCGGGAUCAGUAUGGCAAUUAUCCUGAAUGGAUGAGCCAGAGGAAGAUAUUCAAGCACAAAAACAAGCAAGGCAGAGCAAGAACAAAGAAAACAGGCAAAACAAGCAAGAGGCUUACUAGACGACAGAAGAAAAUAAUUCAGAAAAAUAAAUAAUUUUUUUU